UUUGUCCUUCGUAGUAUGCUGGUUUUUAUUGUUUGUUUGUUUGUUUGUUUGUUUUUUGAAAGAAGGCGUUUUUCCAAGACCUCCGGAAACACGCCCACUUUACGUCGUGGUAACGAAACCCCUAGUGAAUGCCGAUUAUCCGACAGACCGUAAAUUUAAGGGCGCAGCUUUUAGACACACAGCGGUAACGCUGAAAUAUAAACCUUUCUAUAAAAUCUUCAUCAUUUUAUAUAAGUAUCUAGCGAGUGUUAAUGAGUAUACAGACUAACAGUCAGACCAACACGGUCAAUGCUGCGCUCCUAUGAAAGGUUUAUAGCUCAGGGGCGGAGCUAAAAGGCAAACAGGAAACGGCAAACCAAAACACACGACUCCAUUUCAUGCAAGACACACACACGAUUUGUAUCAUGGUGCAUAUCAUCAUCACCUUUGUCUGUCACGUCCAUUUUUCUGGAAAUGGUUACACUUAUCCAGUGCCUCCUAACAUACCGCCUGCUGUUCUUCAAGACCCGGACUGUGAGAGAGCCUGGUACAGGAAGGCUCCAGGUGAUGGAUCGGAGUUGGAGUAUUUAUCAGAUGGACAACUUCAUGUAAACCAAAGCAGACACCCGCUGGUUGUUGAUGUGAGCGAGAAAAACAUCACAAUCACUAAAUGUGUCGAGCUUCGCCAUAACGUAACGUGUCAUGGAUCGAAUCAAAAGCUUCGAUACAUUUACCAAGUCACUGUCCACAACGCUAUCAACUCCACCAGCUCCCACAACGCUAUCAACUCCACCAGCUCCCCCAACACCAUCAACCGCAUCACCAUCGCGUUCUCCACCAUCAUCAUCACCAUCAUCAUCAUUGUAGUCCUGAUCUGUAGAUGCAGACAAGGGAGGAGAAACAGAGUCUGGAGGAGCUUGAGAGGCUGCUGUAAACAAACAGAAGAACAAAAUAACAACCCAAACCAUGACCACGCUGUGAGUGCUGAUCAGAACGGUGAUGCUGUGAGGAUGUCGAUACAAGAUCAGACAUCAGAGAGUGAUAAAGGAUCUCGAUUACUAAGCAACCAAAAUAACGCGGAUUGUGCUACGGUGAACAUGAACGGCUAUGAAAAUGACGGGAUGAAGAAAUGUACUGUAGAAGAUCAAACUGCUGAAGACGAUCAACGUUGGUCCAGUGUUGAUUCCAGGCCAGAGUUUCCAGCCUGCCCUGAUCCUGCCCCCCCAUAUCGAUGACAUCAUCACUAAUCGACUAUAUAAAGAGGAAGAAGAAGGAGCAGGGUGUUAGUAGUGGUGGUUGAUUGUUGUGUUAGUCUGGGCUCUCAAGUUUCACAUUUGCAUUCUUGAGUUGUGGCUUGUACUUUAAAACAGAGAAUUAUCUCAGAAAGUACACUUAUGUCAGUGCCCGUGUCAAUUUUAAAGUCAAUGUCUGUGCCUUGAAUUGAAAGUGUGACCAUCCAUACUCCAGUUACAUCAUUAAUUUGCGUCAACUCACCUAGGAAGUGUGUGACGUUGCUGCCCUCUGGUGGUUUGGUGACCACGGACUGCUCGGGUUCUUCAAACUGCAACAAAGUGACCCUUUUUCUGCAUUUGUGACAUUCAGCACUUUUUGCUGAAUGCCACAAAUGGAAAUCCCACAAAUGGAAAUGGAAAUCCUUUUCCAGGAUUUCUUCCACAUCGUUUCUUCCACAUCUCCAUUCUGUAGCCUGCUCUGUCUGAUUUCGUUUUGAACCUAUGUGUUGUCUACCUCUUCCACUGUAAUGUGAUUUUCCUCUGGCACCAGUCACUUCACUGAUUUGAGUACUAACACACGCAGCUUGUUCAUCAACGUGUCCUUGUACCUAUUCAGACUGUCUCACGAGUUCUAUGGCAUUAAUUGAAGCUUUUCCGAUAGCUUUCUGUCUAAAAUCCCAAUCACAAGCCGAUCACGAAUGUUUUCAUCCUUUGCUGCCCCAAAGUCAGAUGUACUGGCUAGCUCAUGCAGGCUGCGAAUAUAUUCUUCAGCCAUUUCCCCUGGCCUCUGAACUCUCAUGUGAAAUCGUGCACGCUCAUGAAUAACAUUAACUUUUGGUACAAUGUAGUCAUCAAGCUUCCUGAUCAUGUUAUCAUUAUCCAUAGAUAUCUAUACACUAGAUGUCACCUUGGGGUCCUAAAAAUAUGUCAAAACCGCCCCUAUCUUUGUACAGUGCUCUUGUACUUCAAAUGCAUGGACGAUGCCGGACUACUGUGCUGCAUUUGGAUGUUCAGACGAAAGAAAUAUAAAAACCAGACAGCAAGGGAUUACAUUUCACAAGUGAGAAUGUGUUUUAUGAUAUUGAAAUUAUAUUUCUGGUUUAACUUUUUCCAGAGAAGACCAGAAGACUUUGAUUUCCUUGAGAAGUAGUAUUUAUUGUAGAUACACGAGUCUUCAAGUCAGAACGUACUGACACGGAUGCUGCAGUCGUCGAGUCUGACUUAAAGUUGUAAUGCAUUGUAAUACUACACAUUUUAGGGGAAGUCCCUUUAGAUAGAAUCAAAACACUCAGGUGACAAUCAAAGCAUGAAAGGAUGUAACAGUUUCUUUCGUCCGCGGAUGCAAAUAUAUUCUUCGUCCAUUUCCCCUGGCCUCUGAACUCUCAUGUGAAAUCGUGCACGCUCAUGAAUAACAUUAACUUUUGGUACAAUGUAGUCAUCAAGCUUCCUGAUCAUGUCAUCAUCAUGCCAUGAUAUUGAAAUUAUAUUUCUGGUUUUGUUGGUUUGUUUAAGUCCUUGGUUAAUGACCGCAGCUAAUCCAUGCUAGUUACCCAUUAAUUUUUUACAGUUAGGAAAACCAACAAUGUUUGUAGAUUCCGAAGC